GGGAUGCUUCUCUGAUCUUUUUUGUUCGUUUUAAAUGUGUAGACACUUGUCUCAGAGACAGACACUUUUCUGUAUCACAGGAGGACCGUUUCUUUGAUUUUCUCAAUUUUUCUUCUUCUUUACUGGAAAAGCUUGCGUAAAGAGCUUAUACACAAUGUUGGGCUUGGAUGUGUGUGAAUUUGGAGGACAGUUUCUGGAACUGCUCUGGUUAACAGUUUGCUACAGAGGCAUCAUGGCUGAUAAAGAGACAGGCGUACCAGUGGUUGAGGAUGAGGACGAGCAAGAUCUGAACUACCAGCCUCCAGCCCAGAAGAGCCUGCAGGAGAUCCAGGAUCUGGACAAGGAUGAUGAAAGCUUGAACAAGUACAAGCAGACCCUCCUGGGCUCUGGACCUGUGGUGGCAGAUCCCACCAUUCCCAAUGUUCAGGUGACCCGACUGACUCUAAUGUGUGACCAGGCCCCUGGACCCAUCACCAUGGACUUGACAGGUGACCUGGAUGCCUUGAAGAAAAAGAAUUUCACCAUGAAAGAGGGAGUGGACUACAGGGUGAAAAUCCACUUCAAGGUCAACAGGGACAUCGUGUCUGGACUGAAAUAUGUGCAUCUGACCUACAGGAAAGGACUGAGAGUGGAUAAGGCAGUAUACAUGGUUGGAAGCUACGGCCCGAGAGUCGAGGAGCAUGAGUUUAUGACCCCAGUGGAGGAGGCUCCGAAGGGCAUGAUCGUCCGGGGAAGCUACCACAUCAAAUCCUACUUCACAGAUGAUGACAAGACAGACCACCUGUCCUGGGAGUGGAACCUGCAAAUCAAAAAAGAUUGGGACAAUGCAGAAUAAAGACGUCCCAGGUGUCUUUCGCCCAGAGCAACGUUCUGGAUCCAUGACAGGUGUUUAAAAGAGAGACUUAGGCUAGGCAGAUAUACGACCGGUGUUGGAUUUGUACUUGAUUAAUGAAUAAUUAAUCAUAUUAAAAUUACCAUAUUGAACAUUUCUUGCGUAUUAGGCAUAAUAAAUGGUGAGGACACGCAGAGACUGGCAGGGUAUUGGAGGUGACUUGGUUCUUGUAAUGAUGGUAAAAUUAACAAAAGAGAUUCUUCAUGCCUGUACUCUCAGGUUAGUGUACACUGUAAAUGUAAAUAUUAGGAUGUCUGUAUUCUUGCAUUGCAUCUAAAGUUCUUUACAAAGCCCAUGAUCGGAUCAGUGCAUGCUUGAGUGUGAAGCCAUCGUGUUUGCAAUGGCUUAUAUCCUGUAUUGAUGAUGAUGUAAUCAGCCUGCUUUUAAAACUGAUAAAUACAUGUGUAAGAUGUGAUUUGUAAUAUGUGUUUAAAAGGUAUUCUUGAGCAUUGCAACCCUGCUGAAAAGACGAGCAUAUUCCCACGCUGGGCUAGUCAGUAUUAUUGCUAGUUAUUCUUGUUGAGAUACAUGAUCAGAGGAAGAUCACGUGUACUGGUGACUUGCAUUGCUGGUCUUUUAAGCAAGGAAACUGAGCCCAUAGUCAAGCACGCUUCUCAUACCAUAUAACUGUUCAAAUCUGUCCAGGAUUCUGUAACUGUGUCAUUCAUCUACUGUAACUUUUUGUCAUUCUAAAUUCCAAAAUAAAUACAUUUUAUUGUU